AUGGCCGGAGGCUAUGAGAGGGUGAAUGCCCAUGAUCACGACGAAGACGACUUCGAAGCCCCCAACUCCGCUCCGCCAAGACGACAAUCGCAGCCCGUCCCCAACUCACCACCGCCCUCUUUCCACUCCAGAGCGUCGUCGCGCGACCGUCGUGGAGUUGAUCCCGCACUGGCAGACGCCUUCGAUACCGACGGUGACGAUAGCGAUGACGACGCCGAUGACCGACAACGCUUAGUCCGCGCCGACUCCACCCAGGCUUCCCGCGACGCAUCACGCAACCCUUCCUCCGACUCGAGACCCCAGCCCGAACGCCAUGUCACACAACUGCCACCAACAGCCUCCACCACCGCCGGCGGCCCGACAACGCCCUUCCGCAUUUACGGCAGCGGCAUCCAGAAUGAAGGCGUCUUCUCCAACUUGACUGCGAAGCCCGAGCGUGGAGGCGAGGUGAAGGAAGAACAACCUCCCACGUACGAGCAGGCCGCUGCCGAUGCCGCUCCCCCCUACUGGGAAACUACGAUCCUCGCCCCUGGCCUCGGCGGCCCCGACGAAGUCUACAUCGACGGCAUGCCCGUUGGCUCACUCUUCAGUUUUGUCUGGAACGGCAUGAUCUCCAUGUCCUUCCAGAUCGUCGGCUUCAUCCUCACUUACCUCCUUCACUCGACCCACGCGGCCAAGAACGGUUCGCGCGCGGGCCUCGGCAUCACGCUGAUCCAGUACGGCUUCUACAUGAAGGGGACGACGGAGGGUGACCAUCCACCCAAGAUGAACGGCCAAGACGGUUACGCUGCGCCUCCCGACCCGAAUUCUCACAACUUCGACCCCAACGCGGUGACGGGCGAGGGUGGCGGCGGCGUGGCGGACAUCACUGGACAGGAGUGGAUUGCCUACAUCUUAAUGGUAGUUGGUUGCUCGAUCAACGACCAAACCAAACGCCAAGUGCACCGCUCCCUCCCUCUCAGCUUCAAGAUGGCCUGGCGGAGCUCCGGCGCAUCAAAUAAAGACCUCGUCGAGAACUUGUGGCGUAAUGGUCUCAUAAAAGACCAACGGGUCAAGGACGCCUUUCUGAAGGUUGACCGCGCAUACUACGCUCCCUCCGCCCCCUACGAAGACUCUCCUCAGUCCAUCGGUCACAAGGCAACCAUCUCCGCGCCGCACAUGCAUGCCACCGCUGCCGAGUCCCUCCUCCCGCACCUCACCCCCUCCGCGACGAAACCGGCCCCGCGCGUGCUGGACAUAGGCUCGGGGUCGGGGUACCUGACGCACCUGCUCGCGGAGCUCGUGGGAGAAAAGGGCCUGGUGGUCGGACUAGAACACAUCAAAGCGCUGAGGGACCUGGGAGAGCGCAACAUGCGGAAAAGCGACGAGGGGCGGGCUUUGCUGGACAGCGGCAAGGUGCGAUUUCACACGGGCGACGGGAGGAAGGGGUGGGUAGAAGCCCCGCGGCCAGGGGAAGAGGGAGGCGGCACCGGAUGGGAUGCCAUCCACGUCGGCGCUGCAGCCGUGGAGCUCCAUCAGGAGCUAGUGGAUCAGCUGCGCGCUCCGGGCAGAAUGUUCAUCCCCGUCGAGGACGACAACGGCUACGACCAGUAUGUCUGGGCCAUUGACAAGAAGGAGGACGGAUCCGUCGUCAAGGAGAAGCUUUUCGGUGUUCGAUAUGUGCCCUUGACUGACGCGCCUAAGUCAUGA